AUGUCGUCCUCCUCUGGGGUUCCAGAGUCUUGGAUCUCCAGCUUUUGUUCGCUCAUCGGCCAUGAAUAUUUCGCCGAGGUAUCUGAGGAGUUUAUUGAAGAUGACUUCAAUCUGACGGGCCUGCAAACGCAGGUUGCAAUGUACAAGGAAGCACUAGAGAUGAUUCUCGACGUGGAACCAGAAGAUGACGAAGACGAGGAAGAGGAAGAGGAAGAAGACGAGGACCAGUCAGCUUUGGGCGAUGCCCUCACGGCCCGAGAGCGGAGGCACCACAGCCGAAUGGCCAGCGAUCUUUCCGUGAUUGAGUCAUCAGCGGAAAUGCUCUAUGGUCUUAUCCACCAGCGUUUCAUCUGCUCCCGGGCGGGGAUACAACAAAUGAGUGAGAAGUAUGAGUUGGGUCACUUUGGGGCUUGCCCGAGAACAAACUGCGAGCAGGCGAGGACGUUGCCAGUUGGGUUAUCGGACAUCCCUGGUGAGGACACGGUGAAGCUGUUCUGCCCUUCCUGCCUUGAUGUCUAUGUUCCACCCAACAGCCGUUUCCAGACUGUCGACGGCGCUUUCUUUGGCCGCACAUUCGGUGCCCUCUUCCUCCUCACAUUCCCCGACUAUGAUCUAACCCGGCGGGGCAGCGAGGUGCUGUCAGGGACGCUUUCGCGAAUCUCUGGAAAUGAACCCCAACUAAACGGCUUCUUCGAGAAGAAUAUUGCCCCAAACCUAGGCACGGGCCACAUUUAUGAACCUAAGAUAUAUGGGUUUAGGGUUUCUGAGCGCGCCCGUUCAGGUCCCCGGAUGCAAUGGUUACGAGAACGCCCCAGCAACAUCAGAGAUUUGGACGAGGCGAGGCUGUACGCCGAGCAGAACCCGGAUUCGGAGGAAGACGACGAGUCGAUGAACAUGAAUGGAAGAGUUGUGGUCCGGCGGCGAGGUCCAGGAAGCGCUCGCUUACGGCAACGGCAGACUCAAAACGGCAGCCCCAUGGCUCUAUCCGCCAACGGCGCCGAGUCUGAGCUGUAG